GGAUGAUAUUGCCAUCACCCACCUCACUUACGGCAAGGACUUCGCUAGGGCCAUCGAAGAGAAGCAGGUGGCGCAGCAGGAUGCGGAGAGGCAAAAGUUCAUCGUGGAGAAGGCGGAGCAGGAAAGACAAGCGACGGUCAUCCGCUCCGAGGGCGAGGCCGAAGCCGCCAAGAUGAUCUCGGAGGCGCUCAAGGAGCACGGCUCCGGGCUCAUCGAGGUGGAGCGUGCAGACACCGCGCCGACCGCUGAACCGCCCGUGCGGCGCAUCGACACGGCGAAGGACAUCGCGGAAAACUUGGCGAAGUCGCCCAACGUCAUGUACCUGCCCAAUGGGCAACAGAUGCUGUUGAAUCUGGGAUCUGGUGCUCGUCCGCAGUCCUAGGUGUGCUUUGUGAUGUGGCCAGCCACAGGUGGACAGCAACUGCUUAGAUGCCCCAGCUCAGCUU